CCCCUCGCAGGAUCCCCCUGACCAAGUUCCCCUCCAUGCGGCGGGUCCUCAACGAGGUGGGCAGCGAGAUCCCCGACAUGCACGCCCUCACCCAGCGUCUCAAGUUCAGGCUGGGCUUUGCUGACCUGGCUGAGCCCACGCCGGAGAUUCUGAAGAACUACAUGGAUGCCCAGUAUUACGGUGAGAUCGGCAUUGGGACCCCACCCCAGAAGUUCACUGUGGUCUUCGACACUGGCUCCUCCAACCUCUGGGUGCCAUCUGUGCACUGUCACCUGCUGGACAUCGCCUGCUUGCUGCACCACAAGUAUGAUGCCUCUAAAUCCAGCACCUACGUGGAAAACGGCACCGAGUUCGCCAUCCACUAUGGGACGGGGAGCCUCUCCGGGUACCUCAGCCAGGACACUGUCACGCUCGGUAACUUGAAAAUCAAGAACCAGAUCUUCGGGGAGGCCGUGAAGCAGCCAGGCAUCACGUUCAUCGCUGCCAAGUUCGAUGGCAUCCUGGGCAUGGCAUUCCCAAGGAUCUCUGUGGACAAGGUCACCCCUUUCUUUGAUAACAUCAUGCAACAGAAGCUGAUUGAGAAAAACAUCUUCUCCUUCUACCUGAACAGAGACCCCACUGCUCAGCCCGGUGGCGAGCUGCUCCUGGGAGGGACUGACCCCAAGUAUUACAGUGGCGACUUCAGCUGGGUCAACGUCACACGCAAGGCCUACUGGCAGGUCCACAUGGACGCGGUGGACGUUGCCAACGGGCUGACUCUGUGCAAAGGGGGCUGCGAGGCCAUCGUGGACACGGGAACCUCGCUCAUCACCGGCCCCACCAAGGAAGUGAAGGAGCUACAGACAGCCAUCGGUGCAAAACCUCUUAUCAAAGGCCAGUACGUGAUCCCCUGUGAUAAGGUGUCAUCUCUGCCUGUCGUCACACUAACACUAGGAGGGAAGCCCUACCAGCUCACUGGAGAGCAGUACGUCUUCAAGGUUUCUGUACAAGGAGAGACCAUCUGCCUGAGUGGCUUUUCAGGCCUGGAUGUCCCACCCCCUGGGGGCCCACUCUGGAUCCUGGGAGAUGUCUUCAUCGGUCCCUACUACACCGUCUUUGACCGUGAUAACGACUCUGUUGGCUUUGCCAAAUGUGCCUAAGCACCUGACCCCCACUGCCUCUGCCACACACAUUUACACACACGCACGGGAGCCAUAGAGAAAGAUUACCAGGAUUAGAAAACCAGUGAGUGGAAUGGAAAAAAAAAAAAAAGUAAAAGAAAUGGAACUAGACUUAAAAUUACAUGGAGAAUAGUCAUUAGUGCCCUGCUAGCUACUUUUUCCCUUCCGUUGAGUAAGUGGUGCUGGGAGGUUUCUAGUUGACAACUCCAGCUGGAGUAGCCCCUUGCUUUACUGCUAGGUCUUGAAGUAUUUGUCUUUAAGAAUGAUUCUCGGAGCUGAACAAGGCCCUCUCGCAUCUCCCAGCCCUGGUCUUCUUCCUGGGGGGCAGCUGGAGCCAGCCCCUGGCACCUCUGUUCCUGCAGAGAGGUUGUGUGGCUGCUCUUGGGUUUGGGCUUCUGCACUGGGGGAGAGGGACGGGGAAUGCUGUCUGACACAUUCUUUACUUCUUGCUUUUUCACUGAUGAAGUGGGGGAGUGGGAGGUGGGAGAGAGUCUGUCUUCAUCAACCCUCUGCGAUGGGUUGAGGCAGCCACCGCUAGGUCAUUUCUCAACAUGUUUGUGCUGGCUUGGUCCUAGGAGAGCAUAUCCCAGGCUGGAUCAACGGGAGGUCCUGGUAGCAUGCCCAAGGUUGAGCUUCAGAGCCAGAGGGCUCUGGUGGUGUGUUUUUGUGUAGUGAUGGCACUGAUGAGAUUGCUGGAGGCAUGGCAUCCAUGUGCCUGACCUAACAGCACAGAGAUUUGUAGGGGGGCUCCAGCCAGUGGGACUCUUGGGGAAUAUGAAUAUAAAGGGGGUCAAGAUAGGAUUUAAUAGAGGUCACUUGAAUUCAUGGCCACGAAGGCCCAGCUUUCUGCUGAGCAGUGUCACUUGACACAGGUUCUGUUGAGUUUGGUGAACAUCUCCCAGGUUCCCCAAACCGCAGAUCUUCCCAGCUUCCUCCGCAGCCAGUGAGUUGAGAAUAAUGUUUCCUAAAGCAACUAAGUGCUCUACAAGCUGAAAUCACACUGAUAAAAUCCGUAGGUGUUUUGUCAGCCACAUAAGACCUUUUGGAAACAUUAUUCACAGCACUUUGCUCAAAACUCGAGGCAGUUGGCAGAGGCAGCAAGCUGUCUGGGCCGGAGGUUGCCAUGGCAGCUGCUGGACUUGUAUUUGCUUUCCCUGCUGCCCUGUCACAAAACCCAACUGUCUUUUAACACCCUCCUUCCCUGUUUCCCACCUUACUAAUGCUAGUAAGAGCUCUGUCCACCCUGUGUUGCAGAUGGAGUGAGGCACAAUCCUGCUUUGGAGAGGCUGUAGCUGGUUUAGUUGUACCCGCAGAUGCUCCCGGAGAGUGAGAUCUGAGCAUAUUGAGCCGCUCGCUUCACUGGGCUGGCGUCAGUAGGCAAACACUGGUGCAUCUGGGAGGACAAUAAAGUGAGUUCUAAGCAGUACUGGAAAGCAGAAGAGAGUCUGCCAAGAAUUCCAGCCAAUGCUGGGGGAAAAAGACUCUUCUGUUUGCCAGGGCACUGGAUCGGGUCCUGAAGUAAGGGAGUGGCAGCAGAUGAGGGGCAAAGCUGAGGGUGGCAGGAGGACCAAAUCAGCACCAGCUGUGACCCCAGACCAGGCAAAACAGACAGUGAAGUCCUGGCUCCCUGAAGCUCAGCAGUACUGGUGGGGCCAAGGAAGUUCCUGAGGAAGGUCUUUGGGCAGUGGGUGAACAGGUGGUUAUUCCCAGUGAGAUGCAUAUACAUCGUCCCCAAUAUUAAAUUCACCACGCAUUCAGAGGCACAGGUGGGGAAGAGGUCCAGAGGUGAGCUGUGGGAGAACAGUGCAUACAUAGCCUGUGGAUCCCCUGUCCCCACCCACUUCAGCUGGUUAGAUUGGCUUCAUAACCAUGCCUGGUGCCACAGAGGGGUUGGCACGGGCAGUGGGGACAGGCGUGGGCACACUUGGGACACCUGCAUUGUCCCCUGCAACCCCACACAUGACAAAUGCUUCUCCCAAAGCUUGCUUCUGCCUGCUCAUAGUCUUCACCUGCAACCCUGCAUCUGGACGCCUAAGGACAUUUGUUGUGGACUGGCUAGAGAACAGUAGCAUGUUACCAAAAA